AUGCUGUCAAUUCUGUCAAUAUCACCACAAGGAUCCGAGUAGCUUCCAGUUAACGAGAAGGGAUGCUUAGCCAAAAACUUGAAUAAUAUUUAUUCCCUUGUGACAAGAUGUGAAAAUAUUGUCGAAAAUGGCCUUCUGGUGAACAUCGAAGCUUUGAUCAGUUUACAGAGAGAAAGUAAAGUUUUACUGAGGAAACAACAGGAGGAAGAAAAAAGAAAAGCAAGUCCUAUGGCUUCCGAGGAAACAAAGACGCCGACAUUGCCUGCGACACGCGGAAUAGAAGCUGAGAAUGCUAUUGAAAUGAAAAGAGACUUAAACGACCCAAGGACCUCUGUGGUGACAGAACUGCUGCUUUCAGACAUAAGUGAUGACGUAGGUACUUGCUGGCGUGAGCUUGGACCAAAGCUUGAUAUCCCUGCAGCAAAGAUCCAAAAUCUAGACAACGAUUAUCGCUGUAGUCGCGACAAAGCAAACGCCUUACUCCUCAUGUGGAAACAGAAAGAAGGGAGCAGUGCAGUGGCAGGGCGUUUAGCGGAUGCUUUAGAAAGCAUUGGGAAAAAAUGCAUAGCAGAAAAGCUUCUUGGAGUGGAUGAUGCGAAAAUGCUGAGGUGUGGAAGCAUUCCUAAGGGCCAUGUUAUCAGUUUAACAGUUAUCCAUAACUUGGGUGAAGGGCUUGAUAAGCUUAUGGUGUGCGAAGAUGCACAGGGAAAUAAAUUCAUGGUUAAAGCAUUCAACAGCAGUGACAAUUUUUUGAAAUUGGAAGAGACACUUGUAAGCAAGAGAUUUUUAGAAACUGUUGUUGUAGCAAGACAGGAAAGCUUAAAGCGUUAUAUUUCAUCAGAGCUUCAAGACCUGAGGCUCCAAAUAAAGAAAGGGCAACUGGCUAAUGGAAAUUUUGAUAAAACAGAUGGGAGUCAAGAUGCUUCCAAAGACAAAACAGAGCCAACAAGCAGUUUAUUAAAUGAAGAGGUGGAUCCACCAAACGAUGAAAGCGUGGAAAAACUGCUACAGUUAUGUGAAGAACAUCGCAACAUUUUCCAGAGAAGGUUUGAAGCUGUUAUUAAGCUGACGGCCGAGGUUGCACAACAAAGUGAAAAUAAUGUAAAUUGUAUUUCUCAACUUUUGGAUUUUACUAUGGAACUCCAGCAAGAAGAAAUAAAACUUUUCUCCAAAAUCGAUUUGGUGCGUACUCAGAGCCAACUUUCGGACGAGCGGCAUAAGGAUCGAGCUGAAGAAUUACACAAAUGGAAAACGCAACAUGAGGUGCAAAUCAAGGAAGUUGAAAAGCUGCUGUCAGGACUACUCCAUCAAAGUACAACAGAGGGAAAGCCAAGUUAUAAAGGAAGGCUGGUAAUUUCUAAUAGACUAACAUUUUUUCAAUUUAAUUACUUAAUAUUACAUGCAAAUUGUAUGUGA